GGCGGUGCCAUCGCCACGUCGGGCCGGGCCGGGCCGUGGGGGGCGUCCGGGAAGAUGGCGGCCGCCGGCGUGAGGGGAGCCCCGGCGGGCAGCGCUCUCUGCCUCCUGCUGCUCUGCGGCUGGGCCCUGACGGCCCGCGGACAAGAGGGCUCCGAUUCCACGGGAAUGGAGAUGCUUCAGAAAAAUAUUUCUUCUAAAAGUGAGAAUGAAACGCUAACUAGAUCCCAAAAUUUGACAGAAAGCUCACAGAGUAUAACCCCAACAAAAAAAGAGGCAUUCCCAACAACAGCUAAAAUCAAUUCAGUGACUGCAGUAAAACCAUCUGUAGCAAAAGAUGAUUCUCCACAGGACGUUCUCUCUCCUGCUGUAACAGCAAGUCCAGUAUCUCAAAUGGAUGUUGAUGCUUCUGAAGAUACUAAAAUUGAAGAAGAGGAUCUUCUAACAGGUUUGAAGGACACACUAAAUAGUUCACCACCCCUCAUAAAAGAAACUAUGGACUCAGAUGGAGGAGAUGACUAUGGUCCUUAUGAAAUGACAUCGAAUUCCAGAUACAACCCAGACCUCGAGAUGCCAGAAGAUGACGACUCUGACACCAUUAGUAAUUACAACGAGGAGAUUAAGACCCUGGAUGAGAAGAUAAAAGAUGUUUCUGUCACAGGGUUGGAGGAAGAAGAGGAAGACAGCCAUUUCUUUUUUCAUCUGGUUGUAGUUGCCUUCUUAGUAGCUGUUGUUUAUGUCACCUAUCACAAUAAGAGGAAGAUCUUCCUAUUGGUCCAGAGCCGAAGAUGGAGGGACGGCCUGUGCUCUAGGACAGUAGAAUAUCAUCGUUUAGAUCAAAAUGUUAACGAAGCAAUGCCUUCCCUGAAAAUAACCAAUGACUACGUAUUUUGAAAGCACUGUGAUUUGAGUUUGCUGAACUUAUCACUCUUUGCCUACAUAGUCAUGUAAUGAUAUUCAGGUAUUCUAAAUGUGCUGCUUGUACUGAAAUGAGAUGUUCUCUCUUUGACUUGAAUGUUUUUGAGAUUAAAUCUCAUGGAAUAUCAAGGGCAUGAUACAUCUGUUUGCUACUUUGGCCAGGUUUUAUAUCAACUGUAAAGGUACAGAGUUUAAUAAUUAGUGCUCUUUCCAUUCAUUAAGCGUCAUCCCUUCUGUCUCGAGCAGUCUUAAUAGCAGUAAUACAAAAAAUAAGCAUAAAAUAUUUUAGGUCUAAUAAAUUAAUGACUUUGGCAUCACUAAAUCAAAUUAAUGAUCUCUUUGCUAAUCACUUAUAUGGCUCAUAAAUCCCACUAUAUUGCAAACUUAAAAUAUAAUUACUUUUUCUUAUGCUUAAAUCCUGAUGCCGGAAAUCUUUCAUCUUGGUUUUUUUUUUUUUUUUUUUUGGAUUCUGUUUUCUUUUUGCAUAAUUUGAUCCUUUUUUAGGCAGAAUAGCUGGCAUGGCAAUUACAUAAUGUCCGCAUGUGUUCAUGCAGUAAAUAAUUUAAAAAUAAUUAUGUCUAACCCAUUUUAUUUCAGAAAUUAUAUACCAUAUAUUUCUUUAAAAUGUUCAAGAUCUUUGGGAAGGUGUGCAGCUUCUUGGCUGUGCAGGUUUUUUUUUUCUCUAAUGGCAUUUAUGACUUUCAUUAUCUUUGUAAUUAAUGAAUGGAAAACAAGCCUCAUUGAAUAAUCUCACUAAAAUAUAGAUAGUUGACAGGCUUUCAGUACAUCAAAGCUGUCGGUUGAAUUUUAAGACAGUUGGGAAACAGUUUUGCGGUUUGCUAUGUUAUUGGGAGAGGCCUGAAAAUGUAAGAAUAAUUUAUUUUGUUGUUAUUCUGAGCCGGGUAACAGGCAGCUGAAGGUGAUGGUGUGUGGGGCUGCUGGUCUGUGGGCAGAGCACUCUUGAUUUACACUAAUGCAUAAAUGUUUGUCAGAAAUGAAGUUACUGGUACAGUAGGGUUUUGGUUUGGUUUUAUUUUUUUUUUACCUUGUCUUUUGUACUUUCAUUAUUUAUGUUUUCAUGAGUUGUAAAAUAUAAAAUAUUAGUUUUCUGUACAUUCUGUUUGUGAUUUAGUUUUCAAACUGAUAAAUAUGUAAAUAAUUGUGGAUCAGAACCCCAUAAUUAAUGACUUGGUAUUCAAGUAGUUGCAUAACAUUUUGAAAAAAAAUCAACUUUACAGCUGCUGGCAUGAGGAGUUUGAAGGCAUGAUACUAUCUUAAGAAUGAAGUGCUAAAAAUUCUAAAUCCUAUUGUUAAAUGCAUUCUUUUCAUAACCACACACAGUAAAGCACAAACAAAAUAUCCCAAACCCCUUUUCUUGCAGUAAUUUUUAUCGUAUUUGGACUUGUAUCACUUAAUAUUUUGAAUAAGGUUUUUAAAAUAAAUGAUGAUAAUAA